CAUCAAACGCUCCUGAAGAAUAAUUAAGGGCAGAGGAAACCGAACCGCAAUGGGACAACUCUUAUCUCGGUCCAAUUCGACCUCAAAACACCCCCGAAAUGUGUUUUAGCCUCGAAGGAGCGACAAUAGCAGGUUUUUAAAGGUCUCUGUUGAUCUAACAGGACACUCACAGAGAGACUGAGAAAGUUUAGAAGCGACAGGACGAACCCGAGAGUCGGUCAUGGAAGAUUUCGGCUCGUCGCUGGAGAAGAACGUGGCGGAUCUGACGGUGAUGGACGUUUAUGACAUCGCCGCUGUGGUGGGUCAAGAGUUCGAGCGCAUAAUCGAUCAGUACGGCUGCGAGGCUCUGGCUCGACUCAUGCCAAAAGUCGUCCGGGUUCUGGAGAUCCUGGAGGUUCUGGUGAGCCGGAACAGCAUCAGUCCGGAGACCGAAGAGCUGCGGCUCGAGCUGGAGAGACUGCGACUCGAGCGGAUGGACCGUCAGGAGAAAGAGAGGAAACAUAAAAAGGAGCUGGAGUUGGUGGAGGACGUUUGGAGAGGUGAAGCGCAGGAUUUGUUGUCUCAGAUCGCUCAGCUGCAGGAAGAAAACAAGACGCUGCUCAACAACCUGUCCAUCAAAGAGAUGACGGAGGAGGACAUACAGAAACAUGAAGGAAUGACGGAGAGGGAGCGGCAGGUGAUGAAGAAACUGAAGGAAGUCGUUGAUAAACAGAGAGAUGAGAUCCGCGCCAAAGAUCGAGAGCUGACGCUCAAGAACGAGGACGUUGAAGCACUCCAGCAGCAGUUGAAUCGUUUGAUGAAGAUCAAUCAUGACCUGAGGCACAAGAUCACAGUGGUGGAGGCUCAGGGUAAAGGUCUGAUCGAACAGAAGGUGGAGCUGGAGGCGUCUGCUCAGGCACGACAGCAGGAACUGAGUAACCUGCGACAGGAAGUGACACGUCUUAAAGAACGACUGAAGGAGCAGGGAAAGAUCAGCGCUGACGCUGAAGAACCUGCAGGACCACCGUCACCUGCACAGGAGGCGCUGUGUGAUGAGGACGCAACUCUUAUUGACCUAAAAGACCCAAACCGACCGAGAUUUACACUACAGGAGCUGCGGGACGUCCUGCAUGAGAGAAAUGAGCUGAAAGCUAAAGUCUUUAUGUUACAAGAGGAAAUGGCGUAUUAUAAAAGUGAAGAACAGGAGGAGGAAACAGGACUGCCCCUGCCGGACCCCUCACUGACUCUCCGGUCGAACUCUCGCUCUAACUUCCAGCCUGAGUCGGGCAUUAAACGACUGUUUAGCUUCUUUUCACGAGAUAAAACCCGAGGCUCACAGAGGAGGAUGGGGCAGAUGGACGGAGGGUUCGGCUCGUGGACGGGGAAAGAAGACGUGUACACAGAACAGGCUCAAGAAGCAUUACAGCACAUGUAACAAACACACACGCUCCAAUAAUGCCUAACCUGCGUCAUGUGACCGUGUGUGACCAGACAGAAGAGUUACUGACCCAAAGAUACUGUAAGAGCGUUUAUGUGCCUAUUUUGUUAUAGUGAAGACAUUUUAUUGGCAUUGCAUUACUGAGUUACUGUUAGUAGAGGAUCCAUUUUGGACAGAAGAUGCCAUUAGUAGAUCAAAUAAAUAUCUUUUUUAAUUCAAAUUGAAUUAUAAAUCAUGGAAAGAUACCGUGAAUAUGUUUGUGCCUAAAGAAAGUUUUUAAUUUUUAAUAAUGGUGCCCAUGUCAGAGAAUAGAAUGGGGCAUUAUAUGUUAAAUCGUAUUUAAAAGGUUAAAAUUGCACAAAGGACUUUUUUAUUUUGGCACGCUGAAAGUAUUUAAAGGAGUGUUACGGCAUUGUUUGCAUCAUUAGGUGUGUCUGCACUGAAUGAAUGCAGAAUGAUAUUAAUAAUUCACGGUUUAUUACUGGCUUCUUUUAAAGUGUCAAUCACCAGCUCUUUUGCAUUGCUUGAACGGGGCUUUCGCUGGCAAUAACAGAAGUGUUAAGUGUGAAAAAGCAUGAAGUUGAUCAAACUGUGGUUUUAAAGACAGCUUUGUGAGCUAGAAACUCAUGCCUGUGGUCUCUUAUUUCAAACAUUGAGCUAAUACAACUCAACAUGAAGACAAACUCCAGGGAAAAACUGUACAAGAUUAAAAGAAAAGAGAAACAUCCAACUGGUUGAAAUGUAUUGUUAUGAAGGAUUAUGCACAUUAACUCAUCUC